UGGACGCACCUCUAACAGAAAGUGGAAAAUGACUAAAUAUUAACAUGACAUACAAACACUUAAUAGCGGAAUAUAUACAUCUCUUAUGACUGGAUCUCAUACUGAUGUUUUAUAAUUGGUGACUAUCUUUACUUCCGGCUCGUGGAUCUCUUCCUGUAGGUGGCGGUAAUGCACCUCGACACUGUUGAUCAUAUUUCAAUCAUACAGAGAAAGAAGCUAGCAAAAGUGGCAACAUGCUAUAUAAACAACUGGCGCGACUGUUUAGUACAGUGCAACAAGGUAAACAUAUUGCUCCACAUACAUACAGAGAGAAUUGAUGAUUCGUACACAUACAGAUGGUGUGUGGCUUACCCGGUGAGGGAGCCAUCUUCAUAUGUGUAGCUACCGGGGUGUAAUGUUUCAAAUUCUGCGCCGUGUUUUUUCUUCUAAUAAAAAUUCCACUCAACUAUGACGGUUAACUUUUUAAAAAUAUUUUAUAUUUUGUGCGGCUUUUGUGUUAUCUUACUAUUUGGGCUAAUAGUAGUACAGCCAUACCCCACUAGAUGGUAUUGUUGCUUAUAUUUGGGACGUUCCCCGGCUUACCUAUUUAUUCUGUGAAUGUUCCUUGUCUCUAUUACAGAUGUAGUAAGUGUCUAGGAAUUGUGCAAAAUCUGCAUGUGGUAUUGGAGGUUGCACAAUAGACUGUAAAUAUUUUAUUUUUAGAGUGGGCUAUUAAUGGCAGGCUAAAGCAUAAGACGAGGGUGUGCUUGUUUUACCCACUUGGAGUGCCCUUGCAAAAGUGCUUAUAACUUAAAGUAUGCAAUUAUGACUGAGGCUGCCUUCACAGUUGCUUUACACUAUCCUGUUUCAGAUCUAUUUACAAUAUUAGAAAAUACAGUGUAUCUAAUAUACUUUAAUUACAGGCGACACUUUCAGAAUAGCUGUCAUGGUGUGUCAUAUCAUGUCAGCCAGCCCCGACAGCUCUAUAAACAGCAUUAAAAAGUCUUUUCAGUGAGCUACGGUGGGAGGGCCUCAUUCAACCAGCCCAUUUUCACUUCUGCUUCUCUGGGGAAGUAAGGAGGCACAUGACUUGAUCCAGCUGAUCAGCACCGCACUGAGAGCGUCAGUCAUGUCUCAGCACGUCUCCGCUUGCCUUUGCUCCUGACAUGGGAACGUGGACAGAGUAGGAACCCAUCUGGACUCCCACAGGUCCUUUCACGGUGCCCUGUUAAGAGUGUGGCACUGCACACAUGGCUCUCACACUAACAAAGGAUGAGAGAGUAAAAGGGGAGAGGAUCAAUAAAGAAACAGGGGAGUUGAGCGCUUCAGGGGAGCUGUCUGUCUCUGUGGAGUUGGACAAGAAGAAAGCGGAAGCCUCCUCAGAACCUCUGCCCUCAGAGUUGCUCCGAGAACACCUGCAAGAACUUGACAUUCACCAGUGCUCAAAUUUGGACCACAACGCAGACUGUGUCCCGAUAGAGCACGAGUGUCUCAUCAGAGUCCUGCCUCUCUAUAUACAGGUCUGUGAGGAAGACGAGGGGCUUGAAGGGUUGGACUUGAAGGUACUUGCAGCUAUCACCGCAGACGCCGUCAUCUAUAACAUCCAAAACAGGCUUUCAGAAAGGCCUGCAGAGGAUGCUCGUGAGGAAGUUGUGCUAUUCUUCCAACCAGAACACGAGGAGACAAAGUGUCCAGGAUGGUUGUUGCUUAAAUCUCUGUUGCUGCUAACUGCUGACAGCUCAGAUGUACUAUCAUGUAUAAAUCCAGGACUUCCUGCUGCCCUUGUGAAAUGUUUGUAUCUACUCGUGUGCAUCCCCGCAAAGGAGAACUUGACCAUAAAAGAGAGCUUUCAAGAGCUACUAACACAGGUUCUUCUCCAGCUUUGUAGGCAACCGGUCAAUGUUGAACGGCUGGUAGAGACCCAGGAGCUUCAGUGUCUCAUAAUUGGGCUCACGUCACUUUGGGACCAGAUCAGCAUCCCAUGGAGGUAUCAGGCCUCCCGCAUCCUUAAGGCGAUUUCGGCUGUGGCCACGAGCAACACAACUUCGAACCUGCUUGGCAAAAAUUGCAUUCGUAUCUGCAUCCAGAAUCUGUCCCGCAUCGGCUCCGAUGUGGCGGGCCCGUUAUUGGCUGAAGUGGCAGUGGCUGUGUUUAGUUUUGUUCGAGACACAUAUCCUCUCAACCCAGCCCUCUUCACCGAGUUUGACUCCCACGAUGGCUACAAGGCACUCGAAAACAUUCUCCAGCGUUGUGAAGGAGGCGUAUCAGAGGAUCAGUUCCAGUCUGUAGAGGAGAUGCUGGCACUCAUUGCUUCGUUCACCCUGCUUGGCAAAACAGAGCUCAAAGUGGCUCUUUGUGUCAGUCACCCACAACCUCCGGGCUUCACAUUUGGGCCUCCACUCAAUAAAGAUUCAUCAGUAAAGAACCUAGCUGCCUUCCACCUGCUGCAGGCAACCUUACUGCGUUCCCAGGAUUCUCACCUGUGCUGCCAGAUUCUAAGGACAAUCCAGAUGAUUUGGGAGAAGGACAAAGCUAAUUUCUUCCUGUUGGAGUGGACCGUCCAGACCAUGGCCCAACUGGCUGCAUGUGUGUGGCGAAAACCAAAAGCGGUCCAAGCAGUGUUCUUUUCAAUGCUCGAGAUGGUCAUAUUCAAGCUGAAUUACAUUCCCCAUGAGGCAUUGCGGGUAGUGAUGGGAAUCCUGAAGCAGAGCUGGUCAGGAUCACUGGCUACAGCAGAAGGAAGGGCAGAAUUUGAAGUGGCAACUCUCAAAAGCUUUCACAGAAUGACAGUUCACAGUGGUAUGCUAGCAGAGGUGCUAAGUGACUGGGCCCUCCUGGAGAUGCUGCUGGGGGAACUUCGAAGGAGAGCCAAGAUCAUCAGGAAAGCCGGUGCUGUCUCCACCGCUCAAUUAAAUGCACCGCAGCUGCCAUGUGUGGAGGACAACGACACGUUACUCACCACUUGUAUGCUUCAAGUCGUGUCCACCCUUACUCUGCGUUCAAUCAAAAACACAGUUUCUGUACGAGAGCUUGGGAUGAUCCCAUACAUAAAGAUCUUCCUGGAUGAAGAUCAGUAUCGAGCACCCACUCUGAGCAUUUUGGAACAUCUCGCCGAGCUGAACCCAGAGGAGUUUAUGAGUACCACUAUCGGAGCCCUCUGCUCCUCCACACAACAUGAACUGGCUUUGAAGCGGGAUCUUUUACAGUCUGUGCUAAAGGUGCUGGAGAGCCCGAAUAGCUGGCAUGCUUUCCGACGGGCUGGCGGCUUCACCGGAAUGCUCUCACUUGUGCUCGACAUGGAAGGCGCUCUGGCCGACCCUCCUCGAGGAGAAGCAUGGCAGUCCGUCGGACGUCAACCACUGCUUGACGUCCUCCUUCUCGCCCUCCAUAUCUUGGCCUCUGCUGUGCAUCUUCACAUGGUGAAUGCACACUUUUUUCAGACUGGCGGCUAUUACGAAAGGCUGGCUGAGGCUCUACUCCAGCUGGGCUGCUUCUACACUGAAAGACCAGACAGGAGCAGGUGGGAGACAGAGGAGAGAUGCUUUGUCAAAACUGCAGAAGACCACCAACCUCUUGGAAAAAGCUUCCAUCAGUUUGUUGAGUUAGCACAAGAGGUGCCUGCUGGUCCCUCCUCCCCAUCUGUCCACCUCCCAGUCACUCUUCGGACUUGCAUUAGGCUCCUUUCCUAUCUUGACCACUUUGCGACAGGCCACUGCUUCUCUCUGGACUUUAAUUUUGGGUUAGAACCUGAGAAUGGGUGUGAUGUGGACCAAAAGAAAAUAAACAAAUUGACAGGUCAUGAAGGCGUCUGUUCAGCAUCACCUCCUGUCCAGCCAUCUUUGGAGGACAUUCAAGGAAGCAGUAGAACCACGAGAACCAGCAUAUCCACAGCCGAUUGCCAGUCUAGGUUCACCUGUGAACAUAUCACACUUCACCCUGGAGCUAUUAGAGUCAUCAUGACUGUCCUUCCAUCAGUUUUUACUCCUGAGAACACACAGCUCUCAAUGGAGGUCCAGCUGGCAGUGGCGAAGCACAUUGAAGUUGCGGUCAAAUCUGAGCAAAACCGUCAGAUAAUGUGCGAAGGAGGGCUUAUCUCCACACUCCUGACUCACUGUCGCAGCAUGCUGCUUGAUCCAAUUCACCCGUUACAUAUGACUGUUACAAGAAUCUUGGAAAAGCUCUCCUCCCAGGCCAUCACACCUUCAGACUUCAGAAAGUUUUUAUGUUUAGGAGACCCUCUUAUGUGCUUGGGGGACAAAGCAGGAGUGCCAUUAAAACCAGGAGAAGUAGUUGGUCUCAGCACAAAGACAGACGCUUCAUCGGGGUCCACGGCAAGGACAAGAAAGUGGAAUUGCAACCUCUUACAGUCUACGACUUGCGGUGAAUCGUCUGCCGGUUCCACCAUUCCUGCCCACCAGAUCAUCAGUCUCGUGUCCAUGACAUCACCGCGGACAUUUCGGCCACAUCGACUGUCCUCCACACCUGCCUUUGUGGAGUUUGACAUGAGUGAGAGUGGCUACGGCUGCCUUUUCCUGCCCUCUCUGGCCACAGUGAAGGGGGUGACAGCUGAUUCCAUCUCAACUGGGGGAGUAGGAGGAGACUGCCGGGGUUUCCCUCCAACAGCUGGUCUCUCCUUUUCCUGCUGGUUCCAGAUCAAUAGGUUUAGUUCAGCGUGUGAUUCACACCCAAUUCGACUACUGACAAUCGCUCGCCACAUGUUGCGAACGGAGCAACAGUACAUCUGCUUGUCUGUGUCCUUCUCAGCCUAUGAUGGCUGUCUCGUUCUCUCCACUGAGGAGGAAGCCUUUACUUACUUGGAUAUGAUGGAGCCAGACGUGGGCACCCCAACAUCUUUACCCAGCUCAUUGAGGUUCCGUUGUUCCAGCUUGCUUAUUCCAGGUCAAUGGCACCAUCUUGUUGUGGUCAUGGCAAAAGACAUGAAGAAAAGCUGCAUGGUUUCCGCCUACUUCAACGGCAAAACAAUAGGCACUGGAAAGAUGAGAUACAUUCAGCCAUUUCCUGGGAAGCAUGUCUAUAUGGAUCCCACGGCUGUGAUUGAUGUGUAUGGACUGAUCGGGACGCCCGCUCUUUGGAAAGAACAUGCUGCUCUAUUGUGGAGGGUCGGACCCUCCUACCUUUUUGAGAAGGCUUUAAGCCCCGAGGUUGUAGGUGUCAUAUACUCUCAAGGCACUUCCUACAUGGGCAACUUUCAGGCUCUGUUCAACAAAGACCACAAUCCACAAGUGGAGUCUGUCCCUCUCCGUUUGGUUCCUGAGGAGAGGAUCACAUUUGGCAUCAACCCAGCAGUUUCCACAUUAACUACUGUUGUGGACAUCAGAGAGAACUACAACGAAGUGGACUGCAGACUGAUUGCUAAAGAGCUGGGUAUUACCUCUCGAGACCAGUCUACUCCAGUGUUCCUGGCUCACAACAUCAGCCAGCACCUGAGUGGGACAGCCCGCACCAUUGGUGCAGCCCUAGUUGGAAAUUAUGGUGUCCGCACAUUUAUCCCCAGAAGUGCUGCUGAUGGUUUCCUGUACGUUGGUGGGCCUGCCGUAGUUCUCAGUCUAAUUGCAAUGGCAGCAGAUGACACCUCCAUGUAUGCAGCGGUCAAGGUUCUCCUCUUCGUACUGGAGACUAAUUCUGGCAUGCAGCAGGAAAUGAAGCGCAUCAAUGGAUACAGAGUGCUAGCUUUCUUGUUGAAAAUGAAGAGUCCUCUCAUCAGCCACAGAACUUUUCAACUGAUUCUGCACCUCACAAGUUCCAUGGUGCUGAGUGCUAGUUCAGAUUGUCUGCAGAGUACAGCUGCUUUUGAGGCUCUUUUGCUGGAUCUUGAGUUGUGGAAGAACACUUCGGAAAAUCUGGAUCUCUCAAUUCUGAACCACUUUGCUGAGAUCUUGAAUUCCCAAAGGAAUGACAGCGGGAUUGCAGUGGUCAUGCAGCGAAUGGGCCUGCUGCCAAAUCUACUGUUUGAACUGUGUGACCCUUCUGUGACCUGCCAAAAGGUCAAGCUUGUUACUUGUGUUAUCACAAGUCUCCUGAAAACUCACUUCACUCCUCUGGAUCUAAGCAGACUUGGUCUCUUUUUGGUCUACACACUCCCUCCUCUACGUAAUACCAGUGAAAGCCAUGGCAUGUCUGGCUGUAAUCUUUCUCAAGACAAAAAAGCUCAGAGUUCUGCUCCUGCCAGCCUCAUCCUGAUUCGCAACCAGCUGCUGCUUCUUAUUUGUGACAUCCUCGCCUCAGACAGUCCUCUGAUCAAAGAUCAGCAGAAUUCUGUCUUUGAUGUUCUGGGCAGUGAUUGGUUCUUGUUCUUCCUGAAGCCGCACCUUCAUUCUUCUACAUUGAAGUUGGGACUCGUCCUGCUCACACAUUUUCUGUCCAGGCCCACACAACAGAGCAGCUUCAGGGAGGCUGUGCUCCCUGGAAGCCUCAUAGAUUGCAUGGAGGAGCCUUUUGCCAUCAUGGACAAUCUUCGGCAUCACUCUUGGUCAUAUGAAUGCUCCAGUGUGUCAUGUCGUGGCUUUGAUGUUCUCCAAGAUCUUCUGCUCAGACACUCUCAGCUCCCUCAGGUGUAUGAAGCCUUGGCUGCUGUACUGCUGGGCAAGAGGAUCAGCCAUUCUCUCGACAAAGAGGUGAACUUGGAUGAGUCUCUCCAGUUCUUGAUUGACAGCCAAGCAGACGCCCCCGCCCUACAACUCUGUGUAGAGGCUGCAGCAAUACUACUGGAACUGAUCAAAGUCAUCGUUACUCAACAUAGGCCAGGCACUGAUGCAUCAAAGGAGUUGCAAAUCCUUGUAAGUGUGAUGCAGUUCUUUUGCCUACUGCAUAACCUUCGACCCCGAGACCCACUGUGGGCAUCUGCACAGUUCCUUCACGCCCUCGCUGCUGUUGUCUUCCCAAGGCGCGAUGUAGAGGGCCAGAAUGAGCCUUGCAGAAUAAACGAGGAUGUGCUCAAGAAUCAAUCAGCAAGGAAGCCAAUAUUCGACUUCAUUCGUAUUCUCCUGAUGAACAUUCUUUUUAACGUUUGUGACAGCAGCAACACACACCCUCUAGUGUUACUGAUUGAGUUUUGCCCAGAUGCAGCAUCACUGGAACAGAGACAGACUUUCCAGACUGAGUGGCUGGAGUUCAUCAUGGACGUCAUCCACAUGCUUAGCAAUGACAAAGACAACAGCACUCAUCUCUCCUCACAAGGCCCCAAAGGGCAGACCCCUGCAGGCCAGGCUUGCAUGUUUAUGGAGAAUGUGGUGCUCUUCAGCAAGGUUCUGGUUCAAACACUUUACAACGGAACAUUCCUGGGGGCCUCUGAGAGUUUGCUCAACUUCCUCGCAGAUCAGAUUGUAGUGGCCCUGGAAAAAGGCCAAACUCACAAAGAGAAGACAGUGUCAGCUCUCUACUCCUGCGCCAAUAAAGUCCUGCUUUACUUCCUGUCUCAACCCCGACAUUCCCAAGCUGAUAUGGAAGGCAUCGUACAGACUUUCCAAACCAUCAAUGAUCGCUGGGAUGUUCUGAUGGCAACCUAUAAUUCUAAUGUCAACUUCAUCACAUGCCUUCUUCAUUGCCUCUUAUUGAUUGGAUCUGGCAGCUACCCUGAAGGAUUUUGCCGAGGUUCACAAAAAAUGCACAAGAGGAAACUUUCAGCCCACCUAUAUCCUACCAAAGCCCGGCAUGAAGCAGAUGUUAACUCGAGAGCAGACAUUUUCACAGAUGACAAAGAACUGGUAUCCUUAGCAAAGGCCUGCUGGUCAAAGGUCAUGAUGGAGCGACGGCACACCCUGGAAGAAGUGUACAAGAUAGAGAUCUCAGUCAGCCACACAUCCGAGAGGGCACCUGUGAGCAUGACUGACAUCAGCCCACUGUGGGAGGAGACUGCACACAAAGCUUGGCUGCUGCACUCAGAGAAUCUGAAGCAAGGGAAGGCCAGCAGCUCUGUCAAGAAGUUUGACGUGAUCAGCAGUGUUGUUCGCUCAGCUAUGGGGAAACAGGACAAGGAGACCGUGACAGUGGAGGAGUUCCUCUCCUAUAUGGAGUCACACCGACAUAGGGCUUACAGGAUGUUUGAGAAUAUGAGGACAAAUCACUUACAGGAAAAAGCCAUUGAGUGGGAUCGGGUCAACUCCCAGUGGCUGCAUAUGGAGGCAGAGCUGUUGCGAGAGAGAGCCGUGUUUGGGCCGAGCCCGGGGGUGCUGCUGAGCCGUGACUGGGUACAAGAUGCUGCUGAAGGACCCAACAGAACCAGACUCCGCAUACGCAGAAAGGAACAGAGACGAUCCAGACGGGUGCUACGAGCCCUGUCCCUGGGUUUGAGGUUGGUCACGUCAGCAGAGAGCAACAGUGGUACAGAAGCUGACAUAGAGUCAAAAAUUCUAUGUGAAGUUGGUGCCGAGGCGAAAGAGGAGCAUGAAGAUGAAGGACAGGCGUCUGAGCAGCUGACCUUCUUUCCUGUUUUGAAUGAGUCACCAGCUGCCACUGAGGAUCCACUCAACCCCUUCACACCUGAGCUUUGCACGCAGACAUGCGCUGACAUACGUGUAAUCCUGCAGGAGCUGCAUCCUGGAGAGGAGGUUAAUGCUAAGAUGUGUAUUGUGAUGGUGAGCGGCCUGAAAGUGACAGAAGGGGUGCUGCUGUUCACCAAAGAGAGUCUGCUCUUGUGCCAAGGAUUCACUCUGAGUCCGACAGGAGAUGUUUGCUGCAGAAAGCACCAACCCAGCAGUGUCAGGGAUUCCUUCAUUUCGAGCAUGCUGAGUGAGUCCACAUCCAGCUGCAGACGUUGGCUCUAUGAGGACAUUAAGGAGGCCCAUUUUAUGCGGUUCUUGCUUGAGGACAAUGCCAUUGAAGUCUUCAUGAAAAACGGUUACUCAGCCUUCUUGGUGUUCAUAAAUAAAGACCACGUAUCUGCUUAUAAAAGGUUGUGCAAGGUGGUGUCAUCAUUAAAAGGCAGAGGUGUUGCUGAUGUCAUUGCUAACGCCAGGGGUUCGAUUCCCGGCCAGGAAGGUGUAAAAACUAAGUCAAAGCCAUUCAUGGGAUUGACUGACGUUGGUGACCCCUGGCAGGGAAAAGUUGAAGGUGGAAAAGUAAAAAAUAAAAAUGACGUUCUAGCUUCGGACUCUCCAUACAUCUUGAUUGGCUGCAGCCACAGAGUUUGGUGUCACCAGUCCUGAAUAAGACCUUUUCUCCUCCAACUUUUCCCUCACACAGUCUACUUUCAAAUGCUUUCCACUCGGGUCUUGACAUAUUUUAAAGCACAUACUACAUAGUCUGCUCUCGUGAACGAGGAACACAUUGUCCUCCUCAUCUGACUUUUCAGUUUCCAUCUCCUCACCAUCCUCCCCAACUUUUCUCAAGGGGUUUCUUUGUAUGUUCACUUCAGUCAGAUUUCCUAGCACAUUGACAAACUCUGGUAGACUGGUGAAGUGGUUAUCAAAUAGGGCUAACUCUUUGAGACUCUCUAGAGAGACCAUAGUGGGAAGCAGGGCAUCCAGUUUGUUCAAUCCCAGAUUUAGACUCUUCAAGUUGGUCAGGGAAGCCAGCGUUGAGGGUAAACCUGCCGAGGUUAGAUGAUUGUUACACAGGUUGAGAUAGGUCAAGCCCACGAGUUGACCGAUGGACUCGGGCACAGACUCCAGCUUAUUGCUGUGCAGGUCCAGCCAUCUGAGGGACGACAGCUUCCCAAUGCCUUCCGGGAGUUUCUUUAUCUCGUUGCGGCUGAGAUCCAACUCAUCCAUGUUUGUCAUUUUGAGGAGACACUGCGGGAAGAUGGUUAUGCCCAUGUUGCUAAGAGUGAGUCUUCGCCACCCGUCAGGUUUCAUCCUUAAGGCCUUCUUGGCAUCCUUGAGGGUCACCUUUGUCCCUGUUGCUCCUUUCCUUUUGGCCAUGGUGCUACGACACACAGAGAAUGACCACAUGAUUUAUUUCACAAAUCAGCCUCACAUUAUCAUACUGAUUUUACAAUGAAUGUUCGUGGGUUUGUGUGUCGUUAUGAUUACACUCUUUCACACAGAGAUCCCACAAAAUUCCCUCAUCGAAGAAAUCACAGAAAUCUGUCCUUUUCUAAACAUUCUGCAAUCAGAUAAUUACAUAAAAUAAUUGUCGGACAGCAACAAUUAUGGUCAACAUAACAGAACAGCGCUAUUGUGAAACUGAACACACCAAUCUCUCACACAAGUGCCGAUACUACCUUCGAAAACGAAUAUACUUGGGAUGGCUUUGUCCCCCAUUACACGCAAAAAAGGUGGCAAAUGCCGGCUUUUACAGGCCGCGUGGAAGGGGGUUUAAGGUUCUAAUUUAUUCACACGCAUAAAAGGCUCAUGUAUGGCCUGGGGCAAUGAGAAAAGCAGGCUCUCUGAGGAAUUCAGAUCUUGAGUGUUUUGUGUGUGUGUGGGUGCACGUGCAAGUGUGUGGCAGUGUUAUGUUUGAACUAGUACGCACUCACCCGGUGUUGCCCACGGGGGCAUUUAAGAGCAUGGUUCUCUAAUUAAGGCUAAUGCUGAGGAACAAUAGCAGGGAGGCGACAUUGGGUAAUACAGCAAAAACAAAUGAGGGCUGAUGCUCCGUCACUGUUCACUGUUGUUUGGCCAAGAAAUGGAGGUGUGUGUGUUUGUUUGGGGUGGUUAGGGCAUUGAAGUGUAAUGACAUACAUGGCUGUACUGUACAAAGUACAUGUACACAUGAAUGAAGAGUCAAAUCAGGACUUUGAUAAAUGAUAGUUUAUGUAGUGUUGGGAGUGCGAUGAAGGCGUCGCUCUCACCACCCCUCCCUGUCUAAGAUAGCAAGGUGUGUGUGUCUGUUUGUGUCUGCACCCCAAGGCCCUCUCUCGCCUCAUUCAUCAUCCUCAGGAUGAGAGGGGCUAUCUACUGGUGCUUGUUCCUAUUAUAACCUCCUAUAGAAAACUAUUGCAUGAAAUUAUUGCCUGCAAUUAGAUAACACAUUCUGGGCCAAAUGCAAUGAUUGAUUUAGUGUGGGUUUACAAAAUAAUUUGGUCACAGGGUAUUGGACUUGAUUUCAUGUAGUAGUCCGUAUUCUUCUCCACUAUUUCUAAUAGAAGUGAAUCUAUUUACUCACCAUAUUCUUGUAUUCCUGUUAACGAAGUGACACGAUUGCCUUCCGUAUUAACAGUACACCAACUGCGUCAGCUUCUGAGCCAUGAAAAGAAACACAGAAAUACCACAAUGUUAAAGCAUAGCGACACAACAUUUCAGACCUUCAAAUGAUCAGCCGUUUCUCUACCUGCUGAUGGUACUCCUCCAAGUUGAGAGGAAAGCUCGGGAAUGGAAUGUUUCCUAUCCUGCGCACUACAAAUGCAAGUUUCCUUUUGUUUGGCAUUGUUACUUAGCAACGUGGGGGUCCUUGGCAGCAGGACUUUAUUGUCAUGUUACUGGCCCACAGAGGGGGAAGUAGAUUUCAGGAGCAAAUGAAUGCUCUUCUAAUUUAAAUCAAACAAUUUAAAUGUUUGACUAAAUUACUUUAGGAAUGUUGCACUGAUGUGUUGUUUAGCCAGAUGUGUGCUUAUCAUUGUGGAAGUAAUGGAAAUAAUUAAAAACUGUCAGUGAACACUUAAAUAUAUAUGGUAUUUAAGUAAAUCUGCAAUAUAACACUAAGCAAUUAAAUGUAAACUAAAUUCCAAUAUAAACGUCUCACUGGAUUGAAAUGAUACGAUACACUAGUGGCUUGCAUUACCAUGCGCCGCCAUCACUUCGAUGCAGUUUGCCGUUGCUUUUAAGAAACAAAAGACUGUCACUUCCGCUUUUCAUCCUGCCAACCCCUUGUUGAUUUGUGUGGCCUUAUUUCUUCUCCUCUGUCGUUCAUCUGGAGUCCACGGAAGAUACUUAGCUAAUUAUUUCAUACCCAAACACUAUUUUGUAUGUUUGGGGUAUUUUCCAUCCACAGACGUAAUAAUGUGUCCACAGACUGGUUACGGCUGACGUCAUCAAUCUGUGUCGUCAGCGAACGCAGUCACGUACGGUAAAUCAGAACGUGACAAACCCCGAUGGCAGGUCCAGCAUUCACUCCAAUUGAAAGUUUACAUUGUCUCUACGUUUUCCUGCUAGCGUCCUGCUAGUGUGGGGUAAUUUAAGAAACCUAUCAGGUCAGGAAAAAGACGGCUAACAAAUCGUCAGAAUACACAACUUCACAUGAGUGAGCCGCUUGACGCCGUAUUCGAGAUGAUGGCCGCUUUCUGACGUAUGUUAUUACAUAAACAAUGGCAGGGACCUCUGCCAACGAAGCCUGAUGUGCACGUCGCUGCUGGAUCGCCAUCGCCAAUAAUGACAAAGAAAGACGAAGAAUUCACAGGGAUGUAUAAGCAUGACAAUGAAUUAAGCGUCUGCAAUGUGCGAAAUGUGGAAUAACUUUACUGCGUAUUGACAGCUAUUUAGCAAUGUUCACCCGUCAUUAUUAUUUUAAUAAAUGUUUGUGUCGUCGGUGUGUGGAUUUGCAACGUAAUUAAAACAAGGAAUAUAAGCAAACAUAUCCUCCUUGGUGGAGGUUAUCAGAGCAUCCCCAAAAGUAUUUAUUUGAAGUACAAGUAAUAUUUAGAUAUAAUAUUCAUUUAUUUUAAAGGAUGAAAUAUUUUUUUUAAAGAAAGAAAAAAUAAAUGUUGAUAAUACAAUGCUGUGUUAUUAUAGGUGUGUGUGUAUUUAUAGUUUUUGUAUAUAGUGAGACCAUAAGUCACAUAGUUGAUCAAGAAAAUAUAACUAGAUAAAUAAAGAUACCACGUUGUGGCACAAAAAAUUGGCUACUUACGUCUAUAGUGGAUGUUUUAUAAAAUCAAUUGCUCUAAAGUUAUAUGGUAGUUUUUAAUCACAUGUUCUGUUAUCUUUUUCCCACUAUCCACAGUUCCUUUAGGAAUGCUCCAAUGUCUGUUUGUUUGGAAAAAAGUCUCAUGAAUUACUCAAUUCUGCUAGGUCGCUUCUCUUAUUUUACAAUACAACAUCAGUUGCUUGGCAACAGAGCGAGCCCGAAAAAAAAUUAAAGGUCUUUUUUUUC